UAUUGAAUUGGUUGAUUUCUGUAUAGUAUUGAAUUAUUCAAUUUUAUAAUUUUUAUUUCUACCUUAUGAUAUUUACAAAUAAUUAUAGUGAAAAUGCCUAUAUUGAUUAAAAUAGCAGGUGAGGGUUUAUCUAACGAAUGGGCGAUAAUAGAACUUCAAGGUGAUCUAGAAUCUCACUCCGAGUCGAGUUUGGAGGGUAAAAUAAUAGGCGAUUUAUAUUUUACCAAGUCCGGAAGUCCCGUGCUCAUCAUAGGACACCACCUUUUGUACGGGAAGGAAACUAAAUUGGAAAAACCGUUUGCGUUAUUAGAGAAAAGGAAGACUGACAGUAGUACCGAGUACUUGGUAAAGUGCAUCAUAAAAAAUAAAAUUAUAUUUAAAACGAGGCCCAAACCUAUUGUUGGAAAAGAAUAAAUAUUUAUAAAGUGAUUUUAAUCUUUAAAACUAAGUUGCACUUAUGACUGAAUGUUGGAAUUUUGUACUGUGAAAUUUAUGAAUUAUUGUAAAAUGUAUUUCCU